AUGGCCUCUUCAUCCUCCAACGUCGUGGGUGUCCACUAUCGGGUAGGAAAGAAAAUCGGCGAGGGCUCCUUCGGUGUCAUCUUCGAGGGCACAAAUCUCCUGAACAACCAACAGGUGGCUAUCAAAUUUGAACCACGGAAGAGUGACGCCCCCCAGCUCCGUGAUGAGUAUCGGACAUACAAGAUCUUGGUCGGAUGCCCCGGCAUUCCGAAUGUCUACUACUUCGGCCAGGAAGGCUUGCACAACAUCCUGGUCAUCGAUCUGCUCGGCCCCAGUCUCGAGGAUCUCUUCGACCACUGCAACCGCCGAUUCUCCAUCAAGACCGUCGUCAUGGUCGCCAAGCAGAUGCUUUCUCGCGUCCAGACGAUCCACGAGAAGAACCUCAUCUAUCGUGACAUCAAGCCCGAUAACUUCCUGAUCGGCCGUCCCGGCACAAAGGCUGCCAACGUCAUCCAUGUGGUCGACUUUGGUAUGGCCAAGCAGUACCGCGAUCCCAAGACCAAGCAACAUAUCCCCUACCGUGAGCGGAAGUCGCUGUCUGGUACAGCCCGCUACAUGAGUAUUAAUACCCACCUGGGACGCGAACAGUCGAGACGAGAUGACCUCGAGGCCCUGGGCCAUGUUUUCCUCUACUUCUUGCGGGGUGGCCUUCCGUGGCAGGGACUGAAAGCCGCCACCAACAAGCAAAAGUACGAGAAGAUUGGUGAGAAGAAGCAAACGACGGCCAUCAAGGACCUCUGCGAGGGAUUCCCAGGUAAUGACACCCCUGUCCCCUUCUUCCAGUCCCAGACUAAUCAGAUCGGCUUAGAAGAAUUUACGAAGUACUUAACCUAUGUCCGCAAUCUUGGUUUCGAAGAUACCCCCGACUACGACUAUCUCCGGGACCUCCUGACCCAAGCGCUCAAGAACGCCGGAGAAGUCGAAGAUGGUGAAUACGACUGGAUGAAGCUCAACAAUGGGCGCGGAUGGGAAUACAAGUCGUAUUCCUCCCAGCAACAUCUGCACAACAACGCAAUUCCCAACUCGUCUGCUCGGGAACUGCAUGCCCAGCAGCUUCGCAACAGUCAAAGACCUGGCGUGACGGCAGAUCGUUUAAACGCCGCGCAACCCCCGCCCCCUUCUCCGGCCAAGGCCGGAGCUGGGAAGACGCGCGAGCGGCAAAACGUCUCAAGCGGGAUGCCGAAACGCCAGAGCGGGGGUAUGGACACAACACCGACUGCGUCGACUCAGGCCCAGUUCCAGAACUCGAACGCGAACAUUCCGGGCCGCAUGGGUAGCCCGGCCAACGUGACCAAGGCCAGCCAGCAAGGCCAGGGCGCCCAGGGAGCAACUGAGCCGCAGCCUACUUUCGUCCAGAAGGUGAUGAAAGCUCUCUGCUGCGGUAGGUGA